AUGACUUCUAUGGUCACCAAAGACACAGAUAGUGGUGACCAAACAAAUUAUGACAUUAAUUGUAUGGAAGCGGCGAUUAUUGCCAACACUAGUAUUCCGACUAAUGUUUGGUCGCAACCCUUCUUCUCAAAACUAUGUCUCACAAGAAUAUUCAGUUCAACUAAAGAUAUUACUUAUUCUUUAAAAGCAUUUCUAUCACCAACUGGUAUGCUAUGCGUUAAUCAUUCAAUAGAUUGGUUACCAUUUGUAAGAAUAGCCAAAAAUUGUUUUGAACAAAAUUUGACAGCAAUUCUAACUCAAAAUAAGUCAUCAGUGGUUUUAAAGACAAUAAGAAAUAUUGAAAAAGGAGAAGAACUUAAAGUGUGGCUUUCGGAUGAUCUCAUUAUAGCAUUGAAUAUACCGUUUCUUAAUCCUAUUAACAUAAUCAAUGAAAAUUGUUAUCAAUGUCAUCGAUGCGGACAAAGUUAUUGUCAACCAAAUCCUCUUAAGAUUCAUCUGACAAUGGAGUGUAAGAAUGAAGAAAAAACAAAUAUUAUAACAAUUUCUCAAACAAAUAAUUCAUUCAAUGCUAACCCAAUGAUCACAAAUGGACAACAAAUUCGUACAAUACGUGAACAAAAAGCACAUACCUGUCUAUAUUGCGGUAAAGUCUAUACCCGUAAAUAUGGUCUGAAGAUACACGUGCGCACACAUACCGGUCAAAAGCCAUUGCGUUGUCGAUACUGUGGCCGACCAUUCAGUGAUCCAUCAAAUCUUAAUAAACAUAUACGACUACAUAACACACAUCWUCACUCAGCACAUCCAUCCCAACACACAUAUCAGUGCAAACUAUGCGCCAAAGUAUUGGUUCGUAGACGAGAUCUCGAAAGACAUAUCAGAUCCAGACAUCAAUGCAAUUGA